GUCUGAGCUGCUGUUAUAGAAAAUUACUCAACAGCUUUUGACCAAUCAAACUCAAGAAAUCAACAGUGCUGUAUACGUGAUAAUAAACGAUUCAAGAAAAUUGCUUUAAGAGGCUCGAACCUGAUUUUCAGGUUAUAAAAGAGUAAAAUGUCUACAGGUAUAAUCAUGUACUGUCUUUUCAGACACACUAAUCGAUUUCAGUUGAGUAUGAAGAUGUGCAAACUGUGAUUGAUAAAUGUUGCUGCAUGCUGGUCUAAUCUGGAUGAACUACAUGAACAUUAUGUGAUCAACAUUUAAAGAAAAUGGCGGGCUAGGAGCAGACAUGGCGUCUCUUUCUCUGAGGUCUACCAACGUGAGAAAGCUUUUCAACAAACGAGGGCUGGUUUAUACUGUUGUUAUAAACACCACUGCAACAACAUGGGCGCAUUUAGUGUUAAAACGGUAUAUAUUCUGUUUAGAACCUCGGUUAGUUUCAAUAACAGGGAUAGGUUAUAUUUUAAAGUUUCUUUCCGGGACAUGAACAAACAAUAAGCUAGUAGUUUAUAGAGGACAAGCUAAUGAGACUUUCAGGUAGUGAGAUAUAUUCCUUCGCUCUGAGUUCCUGCUUCACUACUCACACACACAGCAGAGUGAAGCAGCCGAGUGUUACCCGGAUGGAACUGUCAUGGCCGCCGUCUCUGACCUGCCAGUCUAAAGAGAAAAGAAAGGAUCCAUUAUAAGAUAUGGAGGCUACUCCAGAUGACCUACCAAAAAGCCAUGACCAGAAUGGGGAUGUUGAAAUAGAUGCUUCAGUCAAUGCAUUGCCACCAUCAAAAGAGCUUGCAAAUCAGACAGAAGACACUGCAUAUAAUGACCUUUGUGUCCAAGAUGAAACACAUUCUGUGGAGUCAGGUAUUGAUAACUCUCACAUAGAGAGCAAGGCCUCAGAGAAAUCACCAUGUAAGCUCCAACAGGGUGCUAUUUUCUCUGGAAAAAUACUCAGUUUUUGCUGCUCUGAAUGCAAAGGUGAUACCACUUACAGCCCAAAUGACUUGCUGAAACAUUUUCAAGGGGCUCACAUAGGAACUCUUCCAACAUAUCCUUGUGAUCUUUGUACCUUUGUUACUAACGAGUUCUCAUCUCUCCAAAGACAUCGCAUUGGACAUCGAGACACUUUGGUCACUUGUGAGAUCUGCAACGAUGGAGUCCAAUACUCUCUACUCUUGCUUACCAGGCAUUUCAUUAUGUGCCAUAGCUGUAAUGGACUGUUUCGCUGUAAGAAAUGUGAGUUCUCAACCAGAGAUGCAGGCACUUUUGUUCAGCACAUUCAUCAUCACAAUGAGGGCAGCCACAAAUGUGUCAAGUGUCCAUCCAUGAGUCCCACACAAGGGAAGGCCUACUCUGGGAAAGUCCACUCUGGGACAUUCCCUUUCACAUGUCAGUUGUGUGGUUAUGGUGCUGCCCGGCGGGAGUAUCUAAGUAAGCAUAUGACUGUGGCUCAUGGAGAUGAAAUGGAUAGAACAAACAGAUGGCGGUCAAUCGAGGACAAUUCUAGAGUAAAUUCUCCAGGACUGAAGCUGCUGCUUAAAAAGAGUCCUCCUGCUGGAGGAUCCAGGGAAACACAGUGGAUGUCAAAGCUAAAUUCUUACCCUGGAGUAGGUCUGCUUGACCACAGUGGCAGAUUGUUUAAUCCUGAGAAAACAUUGGAGGAAACGCAACAAUUUCUUGAAAGAGCUGUGGGUGUGAAGAAGGAGAGUAACAAGUGGAGUAAAGGUCCACUAAAGAGCGAGCCACAGUGUUCUUACCCAGUCACAUCAACUACACCACAGCCAAAGAUACAAGAAAAUGAACUCAGUGCUGGAUCUGGUAUUCUAGAUCCAGGCAACAGCAAUGGGUUGACCGUUCUUAUGGUCAAAAAUAAAAUCUCGAUUCCCCCUAACUGUACCACAAAAGUAAUGGGCUUUAAGAUGGUAGAUGGUAAAAAGCAUUUAGUUUUAAAAGUCAUACCAACAAAACAGGAACAUACCACCAAAAAUGACAUGUCACCCACAAAUAUUGUUGAAGAUGAUGAAAAGACUGGUAGCUCCCCCUACUCCUCACUGUCUGAAAGAUCAAGAUCUCUUCUCACUUUAGAUUCUGGGACAAACAAAGAUGUAUCUGCCUCAGUAAAAAUACACAUGACACAUGAUGUAGAAAAUCACAGUGGGAAACAGUCACCUUUGUUAGAUGAGCAUGAAGCAAAUUCAAACCAGACUGACGAUGAGGUUCUUGAGAUAUCUGGAACAUCUGUUGUCAAGGCUUCAGCCUCCCAUUGUGCCGACUUGUCAACAAUAAACAAAGAGGCAGAUUUUUUUGAAAACUUUUGCAGUGGUUCAGAUUCAAUAAAAAAGUCAUCACAUCAUGAUCAUGAGCAUCGUCCACUUAAUGACCAAUCCUCGGCUGAGGAGUCCAUAUCUACACAUUCAACUGCUAACUCAGCUGAGAUCUCGCACACAGACCAAACCAAAGUAAAAUCAGCUCUGUUGGAAGCGUUUGCUGAACACACCACAGAUGUAAAUUCAUGUACUGAUGACCUGUCUUCAUCAAAAUCAACGGCAGGUGGUCGCACUCUUCCUGAGAUUUCAGUAUCUGCAAGUGAUGCCACGCUGGAAGAUGCCUCUACCCCUUCUGUCUCAGUUGAGUCUCAUACUAAUGUAGUGAUGAGUAAAAGUUUGGAAUCCACUGAAGAUCAUGGUGCAGAGCAGAGUUCAACUAAAAUUCCACUCCCCACUUUAGCAGCUGAAGAGAAAGAGACCGCUGUUGAUAAUGAAGGUGAGACUUCAUUAUCUGAGAAUGCAGCAACUCCAACCCCCUUUUCUAAUUUAUUGAAUGGUAAGAACUCUCCGCCUAGUUCAGUCACUGAUUCCUCUCCCAGAAAGAAGUUACUCACAGAUAAUCCCUCAGAUUCAGAUACAAACCCACAGAAUAAAACAACUGCUAAUGAUUCUUCUGAUGCCAAAGUUGGUGUCACAGAAGUUGACACUGUUUUGCAAAAUUCCCCAAAUCAGGAGGUUUUUAGUUUUCACAAUUACUCUAAAGAGACUUUUGGCAGUUCCCCUGAUUUUCUGGAUGCUGAUGAACAUUCCCAAGAGGACUUGGAGGAAGAUGAGUGUGAGGAAGAUUUUGAUGAACUCAAACUGGCUUCAGAUUGGAGUUUAACACUACCUGACUCUCCACCUCUUGUGGAUGAACAGUCUGAAGAUUAUGUAGGAAGUGGGGAAGAAAGCAGUGCAUGUGUCCAUGAUAUGGCUUCUACCAGUGAGAAUCAAGCAUUAGAACGAGUGUCAGAUAGCGACAUAGAGGUCGAUGAGUGCGUAGCUACUGUUGAUGAUUUAGCCAUUCCAGUGAUGCCGGAGACUGACAAGGGAGCAUGUUUGUUAGAGUCAGAAAAUAAAGAAGAGGAUUUUAUGUCUGCUAUGGAUGAGGGUGGUCCCGCAACUUUGAGUAAUGCUGCUGUUUUGGGCAAGAUACUUGAAGAGCAUUCAGAUGCUAUCAUCAGCCAGCAGCUUGAGAAAGAAAGGAUGGUAUCCUCAGCUAUGUUGCAGGAUACUAAUCGACCUACAAAAACAACACUUCGUAUCCUGCAGAUGCCUGAGGGAAAGAAGCAGAUGUUCCUUCAAACUACGGAGACUCCAUAUGUUGUGCCUGUCCAGCUCACAAGUGGCCAAGGCUUCAAGCUUAUUACAAAGUCCUGUGCUUCCAAAGUUAAUGUGUCAUAUGUUAAGCCAGGAAUUGAAAUGGCUAGCAAAGGUUCAGGAUUGUCUCUCACACUUAAUGGAGGCAGAAUUGGGAUGUCAGCUCAAAGUUUAAGUGGAGAGGGCAAAGGUCAGGCAUCACUGCUGCAAACAGUGAGCAGCAAUGGAGACCGCUAUUUUGUCAGUGCUUCUGCCCUGAAAGGACCUCUUCUCUUAUCAGGUACUGUUAAGUCGCCCUCAGAACAGACGAUAAAAACGCAACCAAUGUGUUAUUUAGUUCAACGGCCACUUCCUGUUUCCCCAAGUACUGAGUCAACUGGUUCGACCUCAAAGACAGUCCUGACCACUCGCCCGGUAUUGGCUAUGCCUGUGAAAUCAGCGGAUAAUGCGACUUCCUUGCAAACUGGACGGCAAGCAUACUUGGUUAGGUAUAUCUCACCAGCCAAGUCAGGGAUACUGGUAAAUAGUUCAAAUGAGAAGGGAGCAAACCAGGGCAGCCAAGCAAAUGAAGGAGGCAAAAGCAGGGUUUUCCUCAAAAUAGUUAGAAGUCCUAAUGGCACCAGGUUCCUCUCCACUACUCCAUACACAUCAGCCAAAAAGCCACUUUAUGUGGCCACAAAUUCUCUGCAGUCACCUUACUUAUUGAUGUCUUCAGAUUGGUCAGCAGGACUGAAAACCUCCAACAGUGCUCAUAGUCCCACUCAUAAAUUCAUCUCAGCAAAGCUUAAAGACAUUUUCCCCCAAUCAGAUAGUCACAGUCAGAACCAAGUUGGGGAUGGCUUAGUAAUGCAGAAAUCAUCGUUUUUGCCCAUGCAUACCCGUCCACGGAGCCAACGGAAAAGAAGGAGAAGGAUCUUGUUUGAGGAAUCUUUGGAGACCUCUCCUAAAACUAGAAGAAUGUCAAGCAAGGCCCUUGCUCAGAAAGAGGUCUCCUCAUUUUCUGAGCCAAUGGCAAAAGAUGUUGAGAGAACACUUAGACUUUCUCCCUUCAGCCCAUUUCAAGAGAUCAAAUAUCCUCGUCAAAACCAGCCAGUAGUGGUGCUAAACCACCCCGAUGCUGAUAUUCCUGAGGUGACAAACAUUAUGAAGUCAGUUAACAGAUACAAAGGUGAAGUUAUCAAGGUGGCAUUGUCCAAGAACACAGUCAGAGCCCUGUCUGAGUGGAGCUUCAUUGGUCCAAAUGGUACACUGUCAAACACUCCUGGUAUCAGUGCAGGGUCAAGAGUCCGGCCAUCAGGGAACAAUGUUAGGGAGCGAUUUAUCUUAAGACUGAAAUUAAAAAAGACAAGAAGAAACAAAUAUGAGGUAGUGAGGUUGUCCUCCAGCAGAGGUUCGGAGCAAAUGCCAACGUUUAGUUGUUGGUUUUGUGGCCGAGUGUUUAACAAUCAAGAAGAGUGGAUUGGCCAUGGACAGCGGCAUCUCAUGGAGGCUACAAGAGACUGGAAUAAACUGUUCUAAUGUAAAAACAUAGCUCCUGGAUUGGGUCAGAAGCCGUCCUCUAAUGUAGAAAUGUUCUUACUGUUAGAUAUAAUUAAGCUGUCUAUUUUUUCCCCAUAGAUAUCCAUUCAGAAAAAAUUUAAUGGAUAGUGUAAUAGAAGAAAGUUUGGUACCUGAUACCAAUUUGUAUGUAAAUAUUUUUAGCCCAUGUACAUUGAACUCCUAGACCUUUUGUGUAUGUACAUAAUUGAACUGUGAAAACUGGACACACUGUAUGUUUAUACAUGCAAGCAAAAAGAUCACUGGUAUGAAAGGAUGGUGCUGUCUGUAAUAGACCUAUUUCAAUGCAGUCAGUUAACAGAUUUCUCAGGUAAUUUCAGAAUCCAGUUUAUAAAGAGAUCUUUUAUGUUAUCUCAGAAACCAUCUGAAGAUAUAUUUCAUUUAUGUGUGUGUUUGAAGUUGGCCACAUACAUUAACCAUUAGUAGAGGUCAUAGAGCUUAUUACUUUAUUAAUUAUUUUAAAUUCCUUCUUCCUUGUCUCUUUUAAAACCGAAUAAUGUAAAUGUUCAUUAUGAACACUGGUCAGCUGAUGUAGCUGUAGAAAUAUUAUUACAGAAGUGAUCUAGAAGCAAACUUUUAGGUUCCUGUGGAAAACUGUUAUUUUCCUACACUGUAUAUGUGUAUCUUUAUUCUCAUGUUUGUUUGUUUUACUGGUGCUAUUCCAUUUUUUAAACAUGUUAAAACUGACCCAGUGUCAUUUUCGUAGCAAUAAUACAUUUCACCAUAUUUUUAAACAUCUAUACAGUCCGCAGUCAACAGAGUACCCAUGUUAGUGUUUCAUUUUUUUCUUUUGCUGUUUGCUUUUUGAAUGAAGAUGAAAACCUGCAAAGCACAGUAAUACUUUACCAACAAACUUAGUAUGUUCAGAUGCAAACUCACCAAAUGGCCAACCAAACACUAACUUCAUUUUGCGUUUGGUGUUAUCUUAUACUUGUGUGCCUCAGUCUGCCUCAGUGUUUUUACCAAGCAGUUCUUCUUGCUGUUUGUGUUGAGUUUCUUGUCUGUUUAAAAGGGUUCAGUGGUUAAGUGGUGAUUACUUCAACAUAACCCCCCGCCCCCCAUUUUAGUCUUUUUAUUGCCAUUUGCAAUACUGUUCAGCCAGUUUAAAUGUUUGGACUAUAUUUGAUUGGUCUAACUUACAUGACUUAAUACCAACAUUACAUAGAAUCUGCUGGUCUAUAUUUGUUACUAAUGACUUUGAAAUGUUCAAAUGCUCACUUUCUGAAUAAGUUCUGAUUUACCUCAGAGUUGGCAGCAUUUACAAUACCAUGUAAAUUAAAAGGCAGGAAUUUGUAAAGUUAUACCUUUUUACCAUAUCAUUUUAUUUAAAAGCAUUAGCCUUUUGAACUCGUACAGUUUAUAAUGACUUUGACAAUCAUUGUUACAAGUUUACCACUUCUUUGCUUCCUGAUUGCUAUGCCUUUUGGUUUUUAAAUGCAUAGUUUGAAAAUUUACUCUGUUUAAUGCUUUUCAUUCACAGACCUCUACCCUUCCUUUUACCCUUCACUACCCACUACAUUAUGCCAUCCACAAGCAAAAUUCAUAACCCUUUCACAUGCCAACAUAACCACAACCAAAUACUUUUUUAAUUGUGAGGCGAAAAAGCUGUUUGGUGUUUAAUACUAAUAUCAAACAGGCUGUCUGGGUGUACGGUGAUGUGGAAAACAAAUGUAUUUUUUUAUGCUAAGUGCCUAAAAUGUGAUGCACCAGGUCGACACUAUUGUACUGUAUUCACCUCCCUACAGUUCCUCCUUGAAUAAAUGUAAAUACUUUCAAAACA